GGACGUGAGUAGAUUUUCUUGCAAACAACGGGCGGACAUCUUUGAUGCGGUAUCCAGAUCUUAUAAAUCUUCGAUUAGCGUGACAUUUUGAUUCAUUUUGUUAGCUAGGUAGCUAGCUAAGCUAACUAAUCACUACGAAUAUUAGAUUGCAGUAAAUUCACAUGCCCUACGGUCUUUUUUGAAAUCUUAACAUAGUAAUGUCUGGAAGCGCAGGAGAAUGGUGUCUUAUGGAAAGUGAUCCUGGUGUUUUCACAGAAUUGAUCAAAGGUUUUGAUGGGCAACUUUGAUGGAGGUGGGGGCUCAAAAACGGAACUCGUCAUGAGAGGCCGCAGUGAGAGGUCGCAUAUUCAUAUCCCCCCCCCCCGUGACAGCUAAGAUGCAUUUCAUUUUUAAAGGCGGAGGCAAAUGUUUCCAGUUUUUAAUGACAACUGAUGAUCAAUGGUCCCCACCCUAUUCGGUUGUAAAGGAGCUCAGGUGGAAGAAAUCUGGAGUAUGGAACCAGAGAAUUUUGAAAACCUCAAACCAGUUCAUGGGUUGAUCUUCCUGUUCAAGUGGCAACCAGGUGAGGAGCCGGGAGGAUCUAUCGUUCAGGAUUCAAGGCUUGACAACAUCUUCUUUGCCAAGCAGGUGAUAAACAAUGCAUGUGCUACCCAGGCCAUUGUGAGCGUGCUGCUGAACUGUACCCACUCUGACAUGCUGUUGGGAGAGACACUCACAGAGUUCAGAGAGUUUUCACUCAGCUUUGAUGCAGCUAUGAAAGGUCUGGCUCUCAGCAACUCUGAAGUUAUUCGACAAGUUCACAACAGCUUUGCCAGACAGCAGAUGUUUGAGUUUGACGCCAAGUCUUCUGCAAAGGAUGAGGAUGCGUUCCACUUUGUGAGCUACGUCCCUGUCAACGGCAGGCUCUAUGAGCUGGACGGCCUACGUGAAGGACCCAUCGACCUCGGUGUGUGCAACCAGGACGAUUGGAUCAACGCAGUUCGGCCAGUGAUUGAGAAAAGAAUACAGAAGUACAGUGAGGGAGAGAUCCGCUUCAACCUGAUGGCCAUUGUGUCCGACAGGAAGAUGAUUUACGAGAGGAAGAUAGCCGAACUGCAGAUCCAGCUAACAGAGGCAAAGCCAAUGGACACAGACCAGAGCAGCACCCUCCUCAGCUCCCUACAAUCAGAAAUUGCAAAGUAUCAGCUGCUGAUCGAUGAGGAGAAUCAGAAGCUCCAACGAUACAAGAUUGAAAACAUCAGACGAAAGCACAACUACCUACCCUUCAUCAUGGAACUGCUGAAAACACUGGCUGAAUACCAGCAGUUGAUACCAUUGGUGGAAAAGGCAAAAGAGAAGCAGAGUGCCAAAAAAGUCCAGGAAGCAAAGUGACCCCACAAACACACGCCCUUGUUAGUCAGUCAUCUUAUUCAUGUGAAAGGCCAUGGACCCUCUCCCCACAAUUGUAUCCUGUGAACCCGCCCCCCCCGCCAGACAUGAGCACAUGUGGUGGGACAGAACUGUGUUCACUGUCCCACCCAGGUCUACCCUUCAGCUGUAAUGCAUGCCUGGAAAGAUAUGUUUAAAUGGGCUUGUCUUAUUUUCAUAAUAAAAUGUUUAGAUGUUCGAA